AUUUAAUUAUGGACGCUGCUGAAGUAUAACAUGAUGGUUCCUCACCAUCCAAGAAAGUUAAAUCAAAUCCAAAUGCUCUUAAUUCUCUAAGAGAAGUAUUUAUGAUUCCAUACUCAUCCUAGCAUACUGUGGUAGUAGCUGACACAGGCAAGAUCAAUGACAUCUAAAAAUUCUAACCUCAAGAUGCCACCACCAAUCCAAGUCUAAUUCUUGAAGCAGCCAAAUUACCAGAAUAUCAAGCCUUGAUUGACGAUGCUAUCCAAAAAGGAAUCAAAGCCUAUCAACUCUCCAAACAACCAGUGUAUGAACUCUUUUAUUAACCUUUAGUUAAAAAUAACCAAAAAGAACAAAUUCUAGAAAAAAGAAGGAUGAACCUGAAAAUUAAGAAAUAGUUGAACCAGAAUUACCAUAAUUCAAUUUUAAUACCUUAAAUCCAGAAGAACAGAAAAUUGUUAUUGGAUUUGUAACUGACCAAUUGAGUGUCAAUUUUGGAUUAGAAAUUCUUAAGUUAGUUCCUGGCUAUGUUUCCACUGAAGUAGACGCUCGUUUGAGUUACGAUAAAUAAGCAACAAUUGAUAAGGCCAAGAGAAUUAUCUCCCUUUAUGAAUAAGCUGGCAUUUCUAAGGAUAGAAUCCUUAUUAAAAUUGCAAGUACAUGGGAAGGAAUUCAAGCAGCAAAAGCAUUGAAAAAAGACGGAAUAUCAUGCAAUAUGACACUCAUUUUUAAUUAUCAUCAAGCUUUGGCUUGUGCUUAAGCAGGAGUCAGAUUGAUUUCCCCAUUUGUAGGUAGAAUUUUAGAUUGGUAUGCUAAAAAUAAGAGUGGUGAAGAUUACACUAAAUAAAAUCAUCCUGGUGUUAAAUUAGUAACUAGCAUCUGGAAUAGCUUUAAAAAAUUCAAAUAUGAUACAAUUGUCAUGGUAUUUAUUUAUUAAUUACUCUAGGCUGCAUCUCUACGCUUGGUAGAUGAGGCUACUGAAUUGUGCGGAUGUGAUAGAAUGACUAUCCCUAUCAAAUUACUCAAUGAUUUGUAGGGAUUAGAGGGAGCAGUAUUGGAACCAAAAUUGAGAGUGGAAAAUUUGGAAAAGUUGAAUAUUGAGAAAGUCACAGUGGAUGAAAAAACUUAUAGAUGGGAGAUGAAUUGUAAUACUGAUACAUUAUUAUUUUAUAGAGGAUGCAAUGGGUACUGAAAAAUUAAAUGAGGGAAUCAGAAAGUUUGCUUAAGAUUUAGAAACUUUAGAAAAUGUAAUCAAAUAAAAAUUAACAUAAAAUAACUAAUGAAACAGUUAACACAUUAAUAUAUAUAACAAA